AUGGAGAAAUACUUUGCUUGUUCUAGCAAAGGGUUCCCCCGAAAGGAUGAAAUAAUCAAGUUGUAUCUUUCCUCAGAAAGCUUGAAAGUCCAGUGUUUUUUCCAAUCUGAAAAUGAGCUUGCUUCAAAGAGAAUGCUAAGUGUGUUCACAUCAGGAGGACUUGCUCCCAGCUUGGAAAUCAUAAACAGUACAUAUAAUGGCAUCUUCCACUUUAAUUUAACUUCGUUCAGUGAUCGGGUUUUCUGGUUGAUUGAUAUUCCUAGAGAAAACAUCACAAAAAACACAGCUAUUGCUGCUGUGGAAGAAUGGUUAGUAAGGAUCACUUUACAUCAUGGAUUAAAUAUUUAUGCUACUGAGGGAACCCUAUUAGAUACUGCUCGAGAACCCAUUCUUCAGUGGACUCUUGGGGUUGUCAUGCCAGAAAGUGAGGUCAGUAAAUUAUAUGCGCAUGUGAUAGAACUCAAAGUGACAAAAUGCCCCUGUGCCAAUGAUGUAGCAUUACUUGGCUUCAUUUUGAAUACAACACUUGAUGGUGUUUACAUUGGCCUAAGCUUUUCUGGAUUUUGGCAUUAUAGUGAUACCAUAUGGUAUAACUUGACAGAAACUAUCUAUUCCCAACUUCGAGAAGAACACACAGGACUUUCAGUGGUGGAUAUGGUUUUAACAAAUCACUUCUUAGUUAUCCUCACCACUUUGGGUCUUUUUGUAAGUGGAGAUCUUCGUUAUCCAUCAACCCAAGACUUAAUGCUUUCAAGACAAGACUUUUGUGGUUUUGAAAGGGUUGACUACAUCAAAGGAAAACUAUGGAAUAAUGAAAGAUGUUUUGCUAACAGAGAACACUUUGAAGUUGAUUAUGUUAGUAUCAUCUUUGACAGAAACAGGACCCUAAGUGAGGCAAGCUCUUGCUUUUAUAGUAAAGAACCAUUUCGUCAGUGGUCACCUUGCUUACAUUAUAUUUCAAAAGGAGUGAAAAAUAUUCCUCCAAGUGUAAUAACAUUUCUUGUUGACCAAGAGCAUGGUACUGGAGUAUACCUCUUAUUUAACCAGAUCCAGAAAAUUGCCACGGCCUUUGUGUGUUUUCUAAAAAAUAACAGACUAAGCGAACUACCAAAAUUUCCACCUUUCCAGUUUCCUUCAUCAUUCUCUUCUCCUGUUGGAAUGGUAUUUCACCCCCGAAGCCACUUUCUCUAUGCUUAUGGCAAUCAGGUAUGGCUUUCAGUUGAUGGCGGCAACACCUUUGAAUUAAUAGCUGACUUUCAUGAUGAUAUCAUAAAGAAUACUUAUCAUAGUUUUUAUACUUCAGAUAUUACUUUUGUUUCUGAAAGUGGAAAGGUUUACUUGACAAAGGCAGGAUUAGAAAGAUAUAGUGAAAUUGGAAAUGUUGCUGAUAAAAUUUUCACAUUAUACUAUGAUCAUUUGGGAUUCAUACAUAAACUAACUCCAGGUCGCUUUGAAGCUGACAGGUCACUUGCAACCUCUAGAAAUUCUAAAAGUAUUUUCGGACAGGCUCCUGAUAUGGGCUUUGAGACAGCACUUGCUCCACAGUAUAUCACCUUAACUGAAAUAAUCUUUUUUGCAUAUGUACCUGAGAAUGAGCCUCAGGAAACUAUAUACACCAAGAAAUUCAACAAUAUUCACCAUGGAAAAGUAAUACACUCCAGGAAAACUGGAAGAGCUUUCAUAAGAAAGAUACUGCAACACAAGACUCCUAAAGGGUUUUUGUCUUCAGUUACUGCAGAAAUAAUAGACCCUUUUGGAACAGAAGAAGAGAAGGAGAGCUCUUGUUUGUCUGCCUCCCUUUCCAUUAAGCAAACUGGACAUUCUGCCUAUCAACUUACUCUUGAUUUACAAAAUGCUAGUGCCUCAUUUCAAGACACAGAUAUAGAGAAGACUGUGGUGAUUCCUGGUUUCAGCAGCUUCCUGAUCACAACCCUUUUAGAUGGUAGCAAUGCUUUAGCUAUUGCUACCAUGCCUGCAAGAGCACCCAACAAUAUGACCUUUCUAAAGGACUCCUGGUUCCUAUACAACUUUGGGCAAAGGAAUGGACGAAUGUGGAAUAUAUACUCACAACCAUGUAAUUAUCAGUUUCAACAUCUUGAUUCACUGUCCCUCAACACUGUGAAAUACAUUGAUCUGGGACACUCUCAUGUUUUCAAAGUUGAGAUCCUACCUUGGCCAAAAGGUGCCCGAACACUUGAAAUACCACUACUAAAAGUAAUAGUUGGAAACCCAACUUUGUUGGAAGUUAAAGCUGAAGACUCUUUUGAUGAUACCGAGAGUUAUGUAAUGGAAAUUUCUGUAGCUAGCAAAGUUUUACAUAAAGGUUCAACUUCACUGGCAUUUAUUGCAUGGGGGGCAUCAACUGAGUGCUUUAUUACAACCAUCAUGUCAACAAUGAAAAGCAGCUGUAGUUAUCUCAGAUCUAUGCGUCACAUUCCUAGCAAAUUUAUCCCACUUGAAGACUGGAUUAGUGGUGUUCACAAAGACAGCCAGGGUUUUAAUCUGAUCAAAACUCUGCCGAUAAACUACAGGCCUCCAUCUAAUAUGGGAAUCGCUAUUCCACUCACAGAUAAUUUUUAUCAUGCCGAUCCUAGCAAACCCAUACCAAGAAAUUUAUUUCACAAGUCAAAGGAAGCUGGUAAAUACAAACAGUGUGCUAAUGUCUCUACUCGGGAGGAAUGUAAUUGCACAAAUGAUCAGAAAUUUUCACAUGCUGUUGCUUUCUCAGAUUGCAGAGAAAAAGUUCCUCGUUUUAAGUUUCCAGUUACACAAUAUCCAAUUUCUUUGGAAAUUUACAAUAAGGAUGGACAUGUCCCAGUGAAACCUCCAUAUCUGGUUACUGUGACUGAAGUGAAUAUGAGGAAAAACUGGAACCUAAAGCACCAUGUACCAGAAAAUGUUAAAAAAAUGAAAGAUUACUUAGAACAAAUUCUUCAUGCUCCAGUGUAUAAUCCUUUAGGUCUCAACUUAAGUAUAAAGGGCUCUGAGCUUUUUCAUUUUAGAGUGUCUGUCGCUCCAGGGCUCACUUUUUGUAACUUAGUUGAAGAAUUUCAGAUUUAUGUUGAUGAAACACCAUUGCCAUUUCCAGGACAUACGCUUGUUGCCGUCGCAGCAGCCGUAGUGCUGGGGGGAUUAAUUUUUACAGCGUUUAUGUUUCAACUGCAUAACAUCCACCCAUUGAGGGCAUUCCAGAAAUGGAUUAGAAGCAAAGUGAACUUUUCCAGUAGCACUGUCUCUGAGCUGGGUCAGAGAUGA